AUGGCGCGAGGGAGAGGGAGAGGACGAGGGCGGGGGAGACCUCCAAAGAUUUUGGAACCGCCGCCACCGGAAUCUCUACCGGCGAAAGAAGAACCGUCGAAACCUACCGAGACCGCAGCCGUAGCGAAGCAAGGGGAAAACAGUGGAACGAAGAAAUUGGAUGAAUCGAGACCAGUGGUAACUGAAACCCUAACGGGUGAGGAGCAAUCUCGCAAACUAUGGGUGGAUGUUAUCAGUAACAAUCGCAAACCAGGUAACGGUUUGACUCUUGAUUUUGUUGCUCCUAAAGUUGUUAAUGGCGGAAUUGUUGUGGAAAUAGAACAAUCGGAUAUUGAAUCUGAAGUUCGGUACUGGGAUUGUGCAUUGAUAAUGUAUGUACUGGGAGGGGAAUUGAGCAUGAACAUGGUGAAACAGUUCAUGAUGAAGAACUGGAAUACUGUUCAACUGCCAGAUCUGCUUUACCACGAUGACGGUUACUUUCUCUUGAAAUUCAAGACGCACAAGGAGAAGGAGGAGAUCUUGAUGAAUGGACCUUACAUGAUCAAGAAUAUGCCUAUGAUUCUUAGGGAUUGGAAGCCAAACUUCAGCAUGAAGACAGAUAUGUUACGAACCAUCCCACUGUGGGUGAAGCUUCCGCAGCUACCUUUGGAAUAUUGGGGAGUAAACAGUCUAACGAAGAUAGGGAGUGCCAUAGGAAGGCCUGUUGUCACGGAUGAGUGCACUGCUCACAAGCUGCGUGUGUCUUAUGCAAGGAUCCUUGUGGAGAUUGAUGCUACUCAAGAGGUGCCGAGAGAAAUCAUGAUAAAGAACACAGAAGGGGAACUAGUAAAGCAAGUUAUUGAAUAUGACUGGUUGCCCAAGUUCUGUGGUCGAUGCCAGAAAUUUGGGCAUAACUGUGCCACAAGGAGGGCUAUGACACAAUGGAUACCAAAAGAGAAAUUUGUGGAACAAACGAAAACGCCAGAAGAUAUCCCUAAAGUGCAGAGUGACACCAAUGGAAGCACACAGAAGACUCCGGGGAAUAAUCUGAAAAGCAGAGAAGAUGAGGAAGGAUGGACCUCACCAAAGGGAGGGACACGAGGAAGAAAGACUCAGAGCAACAAUGGUACUAAGGUAACACCUAGCUUUACUAGUUCUAAUGGUUUUGAUGUGUUGGGGGAUUUGGUGGAGCCUCCAAUGCAAGCAGACCCGGGGCCAUGUUAA